AUGGAGAUCCCCAAAGUACUUGGGCUCCUGGUAGAGCUCUCAAGUCUGUUAGCCUGUCUCAGAUGCGUGGAGGCUUUCCUGGGAUCCCAGCCCAACCAAAACCAUUUGCAGAGUGCAGCAUCCAGCGUGUGUGGAGUCGGACCUCUUGGGUAUUACAAUGGCUCGCUGGCGGUCACUGAGGCCGGGGCAGAGUGCCUCAACUGGGCAGAGUUCCCCGAUUACGUUCAGCAGUACCCAGACCGUGGCUUGGGGGACCACAACCACUGCAGGAACCCGGACGGGGGAACUACACCCUGGUGUUUCUACCGGCUUGCAUCAGGGGCUAUCGGCUGGGCUAACUGCGACUGUAACCAAGGUGCUGUGCGGUUGGCUGAAGAUAGUAGUGUGGAGCUGUACUUCAGUGGACUCUGGGGCACCAUCUGUGCUGACCACUGGACUGACUGGGAUGCCAGUGUUGUCUGCAGGCAACUAGGUCUCAGUGAGAUCGGCACAGCUGGGAAGAAGAGUCAUCCCGGAUUGUGGCCUGUUCCCCUGCACCUGCAGUCAGCAAACUGCCAUGGGGAUGAGAAAGCCCUGCUGCAGUGUGGCUAUCGGGAAGCAGUGUCAGGAGCUUGUAGCCAGGGGAGUGCCGUGGUAACGUGUGUCCCUCCAGAAGGUGUAGGUGCCCCGCUGCGUUUAGUUGGGGGAAAGGAGAGCUUUGAAGGGCGAGUGGAGGUUUACCAUGAUGGCAAGUGGGGUACCAUCUGUGACGACCAGUGGGACGACCGGGAUGCUGAAGUAGUUUGUAGGCAGCUGGGACUCAGUGGGAACCCAAAAGCCUUGUCAUGGGCUCACUAUGGGCAGGGAUCUGGCCCAAUCCUGCUGGAUGAAGUGGAGUGCUCAGGCAACGAACUCUCACUUGACCAGUGCAAGAAGAGUGACUGGGGACAGCAGAACUGUGACCACAUUGAAGACGCUGGGGUCUCCUGUGACCCUUUCACAGAGGGCACUGUCAGGCUGGCUGGCGGCCGCAGCCCCAGCGAAGGCAGGGUAGAAGUUUAUUACAACGGAGACUGGGGCACAGUAUGCGAUGACGGCUGGACAGACCUCGGUGCCCAGGUGGUCUGCAGGCAGCUGGGCUUCAGUGGUCCUGCUACCCUGGCCUCUGAAGGGGACUACGCUGCUGGCCAAGGCUUUAUCUUGCUGGAUGAUGUGGCUUGUCUGGGGACAGAGCUGUCCCUCCUGGACUGUCCCCACAGCAACUGGGGGCAGCAUGACUGCUCACACGCCGAGGAUGUGGGAGUCCGCUGUUCCCCCGGCAGCAACACAGUCAUGGACGGCAGCCUGGGGCCUCCUGUGCGGCUGGUGGAUGGAGAAAGCACCAAGGAGGGACGGGUUGAGGUAUUCCUGAAUGGGCAGUGGGGCAGCGUCUGUGAUGAUGGCUGGACAGACAGAGAUGCUGCAGUAGUUUGCAGGCAAUUGGGAUUCAGUGGUACAGCAAAAGCCAGGGCAAUGGCUUAUUUUGGUGAAGGCCACGGGCCCAUCCAUCUGGACAACGUAGAAUGCAGUGGCACGGAGCACACCCUGGGGCAGUGUGUCAGGCCUGACACCGGGAUUCACAGCUGCUGGCACAGUGAGGAUGCUGGUGUGAUCUGUGACUAUGUGGAAGAGAAGGUCCAAGACAUCAGAACAGGUCCAGAAUCCGGUGUGUGUGGGAUGCGCCUGCUUCACCGUCGCAAGAAAAGGAUCAUAGGUGGAAACAAGUCUCUCAGGGGCGGUUGGCCAUGGCAGGCCUCACUACGGUUGAAGGGUUUUCGUCAAGAUACUCGUCUGCUGUGCGGAGCAACACUGAUCAGCAGCUGCUGGGUAGUGACUGCAGCCCACUGCUUCAAAAGGUUUGGUGUUGAUGUGCGGCGCUACCUGCUGCGGGUGGGUGAUUACCACACAGGCGUGAAGGAUGAGUUUGAGAGGGAGCUGCCCGUGGAGUUGAUCGUUCUCCACAGGAACUACUGGGCCGGCAGCAACGAUAAUGACAUUGCCCUGGUCCGGAUGCGGGGCAGAGAGGGGCACUGUCUCUCCUUCAAUCACCACGUUCUGCCUGUCUGCCUGCCUGACAGGAAAGAGAAGUCCGACAUCAACAGGCAAGCUUGCAUCAUCUCUGGCUGGGGAGACACAGGGAAGUCCUAUUCGAGAACCCUGCUGCAGGGGGUGGUGCCUCUUCUCCCACGGGAAGACUGUGAGGUCCGUUACGGGCAGAAGUUCACUAACCGCAUGAUUUGUGCUGGGAACCUCUCUGAAGAUAAACGAGUGGACAGCUGCCAAGGUGACAGUGGAGGGCCACUCAUGUGUCAGAGGUCAAACGGGCGCUGGAUCAUUUUGGGGAUCACUUCCUGGGGCUACGGCUGUGGUCGGAAGGAUUCCCCCGGUGUGUACACAAAGGUCAGCAAAUACGUACCCUGGAUCAAGAAGGUGACCAAGCUAAAAUGA